AUCAUCGUUUUCAAAACACAAAGUAAAAUAGCAGAACUUAAAUCCCCAAAAGCUUUCUCGUGUCUUUCUUUGUCCUUCUGUCAUCCCCUUACUCCAGUAUACAUACAAACUAGAAAAUAUAUAUUUAUAUAUAUUUACAGUAUAUUUGACGGUGGGUUGCUUUCAAUUCAACCAUGGCAAAUUCUUCAACUUCUAACCCAAUUCUCUGCGCUUCCUUCAAUCAAGAUAACAGCUGCUUUGCAAUUGGAACGAGGGAUGGCUUCAGAUUAUUUGAUGCUAAUACAGGGCGCCUCCUUUAUGAAAGAGCUGUUGGGGCCUUUAUAAUUGUUGAGAUGCUUUUCAGCUCAGAUUUUCUUGCUAUUGUUGGAGCUGGAGAACAACCCUCUUUAUCGCCACGUCGUUUAUGUUUGUUUAAUACUACCACUGGAAUGGCACUCCGAGAACUAAAUUUUUUAACUUCAAUUGUUUCCGUUCAUUUAAAUAGAAAAAGGCUAAUUGUAGUUCUACAGGAGAACACGUACAUAUAUGACAUAAACAGUCUAGCUAUCUUGGACACAAUUGACACGGUACCAAAUUUUAAAGGACUUUCUGCUUUUUCACCUAGUUUGGAUGGCUGCUUCUUGGCUCUUCCUGCAAAUGCAACAAAAGGAUCUGUGUUAGUUUACAAUGUCAUGGACCUCCAGUCACACUGUGAGAUAGAUGCUCACAACUCGCCAUUGUCUGCAUUAGCUCUCUCUUCAAAUGGAAUGUACAUAGCAACUGCAUCUGAACAGGGGACCAUUAUUAGAGUUCAUCUCAUUGCAGAAGCUACUAAGUCUUAUAGCUUCCGAAGGGGUACAUACCCAUCAACUAUAUUUUCCUUAUCAUUUGGUCCAGCCACGGAACUUCCAGACAUACUUGCAGCCACGAGUUCUUCAGGUUCCCUGCAUGUUUUCUCGCUUGGAUUAGCUAUAAAUCAAAGAAGCAGAAGAUCAAAUAGCUUUCUCGGGUCGUUCCUACCUCACUCUGUCAGCGAUUCACUAGACCCAGCUCAUCAUCGUAUUCUUCACAAUGCUGUUCCAGCUGGAAUUAGAAGUUAUGCAGUUAUUCGGAAGGUAGAGAAAGUUGCAGACAGGAGUCCAUCCGGAGCCUCGGUUUGUAGAGCCACCAUAUCUUUGAUAACAUAUAAUGGAUACUUCCUGGAGUACAUCUUAAAUAUCAACCAACACGGCGAAUGUUCAUGGAAUUUGGAACGUGAAUUUAAUCUUUUAACACUUUUACCGUAGAUAUCCACCAGCUGAUUUUGGGACACCUCUUAUACUCCUGGGUUGGAGAAAAGUCAUGCAUUCCGAUUGUAUGUUUCCAGAGAUAACUAACAGGGGGUUAUCAUAUAUUCAAGUUAGUUGUUUAAAAUUUAAGACUA